AUGGACCCUCGCACCAGUGCCCAGGAUGUGAUGCGAUGUGACCUGUGCGAGACCGCUGUGGUACAGAUGCACUGUGAUACAUGUCUUGUCAACCUGUGUAAGGCCUGUGUGGGAGAACAUGCUUCAGCUGAUCUCUCAGAACCUCAUAAAAUUGUAGACUUUAAGAACAGAAAAUCUACAACCCUCUACCCUAGAUGUAUAACACACAAUAAAGAACGAUGUAAAAUAUACUGUAAACAAUGUGAUAUUCCUCUUUGCAUUAAAUGCCUUGUAUCUGAUCAACAUUUAGGUCAUAAAUUAUCAGAAAUGUUGCAGGUUUUGGAAGAAAAAAGGGACAGCUUUUUCAAAGAACAAAAUGAAUUAAAUGAAACAAUUUAUCCAACUUAUCAGAACAUUGAAUGUGAUAUAGAAAAGAGAAUAACUGAAUUAGAAAAGGAAUAUGAAGAUCUCCUAACAACCAUAAUACAACAUGGAGAGAAAUGGCACAGAGAAAUUGACAAACUUGUCAAUAAAUUUCAAGCUGAACUUGAUGAGACGAAGAAAACCCAGCUACAAGCUCUAAUGAAACAUCUGGAUGGAACAAAACAGAACAUUUCUAAAAUCAGGAAUGAAAUAAAUUCACUUGAGGUUGUUUUAAACUCUGAAGACACUUUCCAACUCCUUUGUAUGAAAUCCAAUUUGAAAGAAUAUAGACAACUUCCACAAAAAAUUGUACCUUGUCUACCAAGAUUUAAACCAGAAAGAAUCCAAGAAGAUUAUGUUUGUAAAAUGUUUGGAGCUUUAUCUUCAGGUACACUAACUUCAGAUGUACAAGGCUACACUAUGGAGAUAACACAGGAAUCGCCAGAAGCUGGAUCAUCUCCUCCAGUCAAACAGCUGCUCAAUGAACAAAAAAUGGUCAUCAUAGACUCUGGGAAACGAUACAUUUAA